AUGGCUUCUUCCUUACCGAACGUCGGGACCUCGAGUGCCGCGGCACAAACUGGGCAAACUCUUCAGCGCUUUCCGCGUAAUGUCAACGCGUCAAAGAAUGCUUGGCUGUGGAAAAAUGUCCGCAACCCAGCCGAGCCCGUCUCCACCAUCACCCAAACGGCAGUCCUGCCUUCGGACGCAGAAGUCAGCAGCAAGGCCGGAUACCAGCUUCUUUGCAGCUACAACUGGCAGGAGGGGAAGCCGGCGAGAAUCAGAGUUCCGGGAUACGCAGCCAUCUGGCAGGGCGUGACCCUCCCAAUGACGCUCUCGGCUGAUAAGGGAACUUACUUCAUCGACCAGAACACCUCGUUGAUGCCGCAGCACCCUUUCGAGCCCAUGUUCCGCGCGGCGGCCUCCAUGAGCCAGGACAUGUCCUUCGACGACAUCGACAUCGUGACGAACCGCAACAGCCUCCGGAAGCUGCUCGACUUCUGCUCUCCAAGGUCCCAGGAAAGCUUCCGUCUUCACCUUCACUUGGUUCGCAAUACUCUCAUCGUCGAGCGUUGCGAGAAGCACGCUAGAGAGUUCGUCGACGGGUCGCGCGGCUGGGGCAGAAACUUUGAGAAGGCGUCCACUGCGUUCCCCCCGAAUCUUACAGAGAGCCAGGGACACCACCGAACGCUGAGAUACUCUCUCGGAGCCCUCAAAUGCGCGGUACAAUUCGAAGUCGACGCAAGCUUUGACCCGAACGGUGAGCCUGUAGCGUCGAAGGAUCUGGGCCCUCUCGACCUCGCUAUGGAGAAGCUGUCCAUCCAGACCCCGGAGCCAGCGACGGAGAACGGAGCCCGGGACCUACAAGUUGAGACGACCUAUCGAGAAGCAAUGGUGAUGCUUCAGUCGACCACAGCGGAAAUCAAGUCGGCUGCCAAGGUCCGCCCCCUCAGCUGGCGCAUGCCGCAGCUCUGGUUCGGUCGGACUCCCUGGCUUAUUAUUGGCCACCACGCGGAUGGCAAGUUCCACGACGUCAAGAUCACCGAGGCGGCGGCCCACUUCACCGACUGGGAGAAAAAACAGCAGACGGCGCUGAGGAAGCUGGCGACCGUGCUCGGCGAGCUUCGGGCGGCGGUCCGGGGGAACGAGGGACGGUACAGCGCUGCGGUUUUCGAGCGAGGAUCGGGGUCCAUUCGGGUCUUUGACUUGACGAGCAACAGACAGGCGGUACCGGAGGACCUGAAGAAGAAGCUGUGGACCUAA